AUGGAGCAGAACGGGCACACCAAGGCGGUCGAGAUCAAAAAAGAGACCAGCUUGAUCAAUAUCCUGGUCGUGUCUACGGCUUGCCUCGGCGGCUUUGUCUACGGGUAUUCGGCCAAUGUCAUCUCGGGCAGCGUGGCUCAAACCACGUUCAUUGCCAAGUUCCUGUCCACACCUGAUGCAACUGCGCGGACGGAUGGCAUGCUGGGAGGCUUCCUGGGAGGUGCCAUGGUUGGCUCUCUCGUCCAGGCCCCUCUGGCCAACCGCUUCGGACGGCGCAUUGCCAACGGUGCAGCGGCCGCGCUGGUUAUCUUAACGGGCGCGCUGCAGGCGGGCGCGGUCAACGUGGCCAUGUUUCUCGCUGCGCGAGUGCUGAACGGCGUAGGCGCAGGCAUGGUGCUCGCUAACAGUCCCGUGUACAUGUCCGAGGUUUCGCCGCCGCAUACCCGCGGACUGCUGGUAGGAUUGCAAGGCGUGGGCAUUGUGUCUGCGUACAUCCUGUGCUCGCUCUUGGCCCUUGCGUUCAGCUUCGUGACGGCCGAGUACCAGUGGCGACUGAACUUCAUCGUCCUCGUCGGCGUUGCCAUCCUGCUUCUCGUGUCGCUCUUCUUCAUCCCCGAGUCGCCUCGGUGGCUGAUGGACCAGGGCCGGGACGACGAUGCGCUGGCGGUGCUGGAAUACCUCCACCGGACCAAGAGCGACCCCGAUGCCACCCUGGCUCACGCUGAGGCGAAGCAGAUCAAGGCGCAGGUGGAGUUGGAGAAGACGCUGCCCAAGGGGUUCAUCUACAUCUUCAGCACUCCUCACCUGCGCAAGAGGGCGUUCUGCUCCAUCAUCCUGUGGACCAUGGGCCAGGGAACCGGCAUCACGGCCAUUGCCAAUCUGAUCCCAUCCCUCAUGGGCACGCUCGGCUUCGGCACGACGAUGCAGCUGGGGCUGGGGGUGGUCUGGACGAUCUGCGCUGUCGUUGGCUGCGGGAUCAACGUGCUGCUGCUGGACCGAAUUGGGAGAGUUAAGCUUUUGGUAAUCGGCGGAUUCGGCAGCGCCGCCAUCCUCAGCACCAUGGCAGCAUUGAUCAAGUACUAUCUCAACUCGACGUACAAGCCCGGAAUCAACGCCGCCGUGGCACUGUACUUCAUCUUCGGCGCCUUCUUCACCUCGACGAUCGAGUGCACGUCGUACGUGUACGGGUCGGAGAUCUGGCCGACGCACCUGCGCAGCGAGGGCUCGACGCUGGCGUAUGGCAGCUUCUUCGGCAAUGCGAUUGCGUACAGCGCGCCUGUGGCCGUGGCGUUGGCGAAUAUUGGCUGGAAGUUCUACCUGGUGUUUGUGUGUGUGACGGUUGUGACGACGGUGAUCAUCCUGUUCUACUUUCCGGAGACCAUGGGCCUCAGCUUGGAGGAGAUCAACGCGCAAUUCGGCGACUCGGUCGAACUCAACCUGCAGGACGCUUUGGCGAAGGAGAUUGCGGACAAGGAGGAGAAGGCCGUCUGA